GGGAAGCCGGGCUGGGGAGCCGGCCGGGCAGGGCCGAGGCCUGCUUCCGCCGGGCGCCGGCCCGACCCCUCGGCCUCCCGGCCUCCUGCGCGCCGGGCCCGGGCCGCCGCCUUUGUUGCCCGCAGCCCUCCGGGGAGAGGCCGGGGCUCGGAGAGGCCUGGGGCGGUGGCGCGGGGCCUGCGCGCUCCACACACAGUCGGCCGCGCUGGGAACCCCUCGGUUCGGCGGCCGAAGGGUGGCCUGGGAGGCCCAGGCCGCGUCGGCGCCGCCGCCCCCGGGGGGCGCCUUGGGUCGGGAUCCGGGUCUGUUCCGCGCGUGGAGGCGCCCCUGGACUUGCGCGGAUGUAGGGCUCCGGGAGGGUCAAACCGCCCUCGGUGCCGAGACGGGCCUGAAUCUUCAAUUUGCUUCAGGUGUUGGCAACUUCGGGGCCCCAUUGUGGCCCAUCCUGUGUCGGAACUGUUGACAAUUGUCAGUGGCUGAUCCUGGCACAGAACUUGGAACGUGUGCAGUCGUCUGUAAGCCAACUUAGCAUGUAGUCGCAUCCCAUCCCCACUUUUUGGGAUUCAGGGCCAGGUCAUCACACUUGGAGACUAUGUUUAGGGAGCGGUGGCUGUCCCAUUGUUCCUGGGACCAGACUCUUGAGUAGGAGAGAAGAAGGAAAGAAGAAAGACUGAAUCUCUGAAGGCCUGGGAGACCAUCAGUUAUCCGAGCAUCAGUAAACCCUGAAGGCGUCACCACGCUGUCCUGAAAUCUUCCCACAGAAAAUGGCUUCAAAGGGAAAAUGAAGCUGGAAAAAUACACAGAUGCAGCAUUGUGUGCAGCCUCCCCAGAUGUCUGAGGAUAAUAUUCCAGAGAGAAAUUGAUCCCUGUGGAUUACAUAACUAGUCAGAAUGAAGAAAAUCAGUCUUAAAACCUUCCGGAAAUCUUUCAACCUGAGUAAAAGUAAAGAAGAAACGGAUUUCAUGGUAGUACAACAGCCAUCUCUAGCCGGUGACUUCGGAAAAGAGGAUUCCUUAUUCGGUAGCUGCUAUGGGAAGGAUAUGGCCAGCUGUGACAUCAACAGUGAAGAUGAAAAAGGCGGAAAGAAUAGAUCAAAAAGCGAAAGCCUAAUGGGUACGCUAAAAAGACGACUUUCUGCGAAACAGAAGCAGAAGGGCAAGGGUGGCGGGCCCUCCGGAGGCUCUGCGGACGAGGACACCUUUUCCUCUGCCUCGGCGCCCCUGGUCUUCAAAGAUGUGAGGGCGCAGAGGCCCAUGAGGUCCACCUCGCUGCGCAGCCACCACUACAGCCCCACGCCCUGGCCGCUGCGCCCCACUGCCUCGGAGGAGACAUGCAUCAAGAUGGAGGUGAGGGUCAAGGCCCUGGUCCAUGCAUCCAGCCCCGGCCCAGCCUUGAACGGCGUGCGCAAGGACUUCCAUGACCUCCAGGCCGACACCGCGUGCCAAGAACAGACGAACUCGCUCAAGAGUUCCGAGUCUCAGGACGGGGACCUGCGUCUCCACCUGGACGAACAUGUGCCUGUCGUUAUCGGACUCGUGCCUCAGGACUACAUUCAGUACACUGUGCCUUUGGAGGAGGGCAUGUACCCUCUGGAAGGACCGCGCAGCUAUUGUCUAGACAGCUCCUCCCCCAUGGAGGUCUCCGCCCUGCCCCCGCCGGCGGGAGGGGGCUCCUUCCCCGAGGACGAGAAUCAGGUAGACCAGGACCUGGUUGUGGCCCCGGAGAUCUUUGUGGACCAGUCGGUGAAUGGCUUGCUGAUCGGCACCACGGGAGUCGUGUUGCAGAGCCCGAGAGCGAGUCACGAUGACGUCCCUCCACUCUCACCAUUGCUACCUCCCCUGCAGACAAAUCAGAUCCAAAGGAAUUUUGGCGGGCUCGCGGGCACAGACGCCCACGUGGCCGAGAGUGUGCGCUGUCACUUGAAUUUCGAUCCUAACUCUGCUCCUGGGGUUGCAAGAGUUUAUGACUCAGUACAGAGUAGUGGCCCCAUGGUUGUGACAAGCCUUACAGAGGAGCUGAAAAAACUUGCAAAACAAGGAUGGUACUGGGGACCAAUCACACGCUGGGAGGCGGAAGGGAAGCUGGCAAAUGUGCCAGAUGGUUCUUUUCUUGUUCGGGACAGUUCUGAUGACCGUUACCUUUUAAGCUUGAGCUUUCGCUCCCAUGGCAAAACCCUUCACACUAGAAUUGAACAUUCAAAUGGUAGGUUUAGCUUUUAUGAACAACCGGAUGUGGAAGGACACACGUCGAUAGUGGACCUAAUUGAACACUCAAUCAGGGACUCUGAAAAUGGGGCCUUUUGUUAUUCAAGGUCUCGGUUGCCUGGCUCUGCAACGUACCCAGUGAGACUGACCAACCCCGUGUCGCGGUUCAUGCAGGUGCGCUCCCUGCAGUACCUGUGUCGUUUUGUUAUACGUCAGUACACCAGAAUAGACCUGAUCCAGAAACUGCCUUUGCCAAACAAAAUGAAGGAUUAUUUACAGGAGAAGCACUACUGAAAGAUGAUGGGAACCCUGCAUCUUGCACUUUGGGAGUAAGAAAAAGAGAUUGAAAUACAGUUUACAGACUUCUCAUUGCUAUCAAAAUCUUUUGCUGCCAUACUAUUUCAGUUGUAUGUGUGAAAGAGUAAUCAGUUCUUUAGGGGUGGGGAAGUGUCCACAAGGUGUCUUGGGUUUAUUUUGGUUCUUUAAGAAAGGAAGUCUUGAGGUUUCAGAAGUGUGAAUUAUCUUUCAUCAAUGUGCAGAAUAAUCAAUGUGAAUGAUCAGAUUCUCCUUACCCACCCACCCCCAGUCCUUUGCUGCUAUCCACUGUGAUUUUUAUGCAUUAAAAAGCACAUUUCAUGUGUAUUCAACCCUAAGUAAAGGUGAAUGAAACUUACACAGUGAACAUUGUUGUAUCUCUUUCAGUGGCCCAUUUUCAAAAAUAGUGUUGAGUAAACAUUGCCGUAUGAUUAAUCACAGAAUUUACACCUACACUGAAAAUGAUUUUUAAUUUCAUGCUAUUGAAAGAUUUAUUUAGAAUUAUGAACUGACAUGACCUUGGGUAAUGGAAUGCAGAACUGCAACAUAUCUUUUACAACACUCAUUUCUAAAUUAUUUUUAAGGUUAUGCUGUUAUUUUUGGUUGUGAGAAGUUGAAUUUUUCUGUUGCCUUCAUGUUUAUCUUGUGGUUUGUCUGUUUUAAUAAAUGGCCUUACAUUAAAAAAUUGUAAAGAAAUAUAUACCACCAACUUAGAAAUCGUUGCCUUUUCUGUCAUUAAACUCUGGUACAAAUUGGCAUAAAAUAUAAAGAUCUAUGGAACUAGAACUAUUAUUAUUAUUAAAGAAAUACUAGAUGA